AUGGCACAAGAUGGAGCGAAAAUAGGGGCAUCGGUUGGUCGUGAGUUAUGUGGCAUGUUUGCACUGGAUGACGAGAGUAUCGAUGUGGUGGAUUUGAGGAGAAGAAUUCUGAGAGGGGGCAGUGGUGGUGAGAAGCGGUUGUUGGAUGGCGAACAAGGCAGUGCUUAUAAGCAUUCCAUCCCAUCGCUGUUCGACGAUCCGGUCUCGUAUGAUCAGUUCAAACGAGCAAAACGCAAUCUAACAAAUCAAGAGUACGAUACGUCAGUAAUUAGUAAUCCACCGUCAUUACUUCAUCACUUCCAGCCUGCGUUCCUGCCUUCGAAUGAGCGCAAAUAUGUUGAAUUGAAUGGGCCGGUUCCAUUAAUGGAUGUCUCAUUGGGAUCGUGUUACUCCCUAACCGUUCGAUCAGCGCCACUGAAGUCGCUGUCUUAUACUCAUCGUGACACAAGUGAUAGGCGGUAUUCGAGCAGUCACGAUCGUCAUAAUUAUAAACAAAUUGAUCACUACGAGUCAUCAUCUAAUUACCAAUCGCCCUCGAAUCACAGGUAUGUUUAA